UAUAACAUGUUUUACUCGAGCGUCCAGGCAUAAAUUUAGGGGUUAUUGUUAAUAUGUGGUGUUAGGACGUUAAUCAAAUAAUAGUUGCAUUCGUUUUGAUUUUGGUAGUGGUAUUUAAGAGAAUUAUUGUUAGUCCUUGUUCACUUCUAAUGAAUUCUCUAUCGAGCAAGCAGUCAAUCAAAAAUAUGAAACCAAAAACGGAUUUGGAACCGGAUAAUAACACUUGCAUAAAAUCGGAAGAAGCUUAUCCUGACUAUGUAGCAGAUUGUGAUAGAGUCAAAGAUGAACGCUUGGAUGGAGUAAACCAAGUGAAAAUGGAGAAUCAGUUAGACAUCGAAGUUAAAUCUGAAAAAGCAGAUAUAGAAUCAAUGAUGUCUGUAAAUAUGGACAGUUUGACGCCAAAUGAAGAGCUUAACAUCAAACCUGAAUAUGAUGAUGAUUAUGUGAUAUCUGACUUAGGAUGGGAUAGAAUUAAGGUGGAAGAGAAAUUAGAGUCAGGCAUUGAAGUUGACUCGGCAGGGGGUGCUGUUGACCAGUUGAAAAUGGAGUUCCAAGAUUCUGAAACGGUGGAAGAAAAACCAGAUUCAAGCGGCACCCAUUUUGAAUAUAUUGAUGCCUUAGGGCUGCAUGAAGAUUUUGACAUCAAAACUGAGAUUGACGAAAGUGAUGAACACGAUUCUGCAACCAAUAGUGCACAAAUAAGGAAAAAGAGGAAAGGAGGAGGGAAAAAGUUACAAGGUAAUCGUGUGAUUGAAAAGCACGACCCAGCCAACACCGUUCAGAAAGGUGAUUUAGGCAAGCAUACUGCUCGUAAACGAUGCAUGUGCAAAUAUUGUAAUAAGUCAUUUCUAAGAAAACAAUUGAUGUUCGACCAUAUUUUAAGGAGACAUCCAAACUUUAUAGGAACAAUUUCUAGUAAGAUAUAUGAAUGCAUGCAUUGUGCAUUCAAACUAACCAAUAGGCUAAAUUUCAUAAAACACAUGGUCAGACAUGAUCCUCGAAGGCCUCUCGCGUGUAUAAAAUGUAAUGUGUCGUUUAAAAGUAAGCAAUGUUUAGAUAACCACAUUAUACAGAAGCAUCCUGAGCUUGGUGCUUCUGUGUCUUGUAAGAUAAACGAAUGUAAACUUUGUGAAUAUAAAACGACAUAUCCGCAUAGACUAACGAAUCAUAUUAUGAUUAAGCAUACCGGAGCUAAGUUCGCGUGCUCAAAGUGUGACGCGUCUUUUACCAACAAGCGAUCAUUAGACAAUCACAUUUUACAGAAACAUCCCGAGUUUGCUGCUUCGAUGUCUCUUAAGAUACACGGAUGUACACGUUGUCAAUACAAAACUAUAUUCGGAAGGGAUUUAGAUAGGCAUAUGAUGAAACAUACUAAGCUUAAGUGUAAAAAUUGCGAUAAGUCAUUCACAAGUCAACGAUCUAUAGACAAUCACAUUCUGCAGAAUCAUCCCAACUUAGCCGAUUCCGUAACCGGUAAGAUAUACGAAUGUACACAUUGUGAAUAUAAAACUGUACAAAACACGAAAUUCGAUAUGCACAUGAUGAAACAUACUGGAGCUAAGCUCAAGUGCGUAAAGUGCGGUACGUUAUUUGUAAGCAGACUAUCGCUGGACGACCAUAUUUUACAGAAACAUCCCGAGUUGAUUGCCUCCGUGUCUCUCAAGAUACAUAAAUGUACACAUUGUGAAUAUAAAACAACACGCCGGCAUAUGUUGACCGUACAUAUGUGGAAACAUCCUGGAGCUGCGUCAUUUACGAAGGAUGAGAUGUUAGACGACCAGAGGCAACGUGCUAGAACUAAGGUCACGUGUGUAAAGUGCGAUGCGUCAUUUGUAACCAAACUAUCGUUAGACCACCACACUUUACAGAAGCAUCCCGAGCUUGCUGAUUCUGUGUCUCGCAAGAUACAUGAAUGUACACAGUGUAAAUAUAAAACUGUAUUCACACAAUCUCUCGCUAAGCAUAUGAAGAAACAUACCGGAGCUAAGCUCACAUGUCUACAUUGCGAUGCAUCAUUCAAACGCAAAAAAUCGUUAGACAACCAUAUGUUACAGAGACAUCAGCUUACUGCUUCCGUGUCUGAUGAGAUACACGAAUGUAUGCAUUGCAAAUAUAAAACAACAACAAAGCACAAAUUUACUGUGCAUAUGAAGAAACAUCCUGGAACUAAGCCGACGUGUACGAAGUGUGAUACGACUUUUUUACAUAAACGAACAUUGGACGACCAUAUUUUACAUAAACAUCCCGAGCUUAUUGCUUCACUGUCUAAUAAGAUACAUGCGUGUACACAUUGUCAGUAUAAAACUAUAUUCAUAACGAGUUUACGUAGGCAUGUGGCGAAACAUACAUAAGCUUACGUGCAUCAUUUACAAGCAAACUAUUACGAUGCAUAAGAGGAUAUGUUCAAAAUUAAACCUAGCGAGUCAUGUAGAAGUAUAUUUAAAGUCAACAGCUUAUUAACAUUGCCGGGAAUUUAUAUCUAUAACACUCUAUCUUUAACCAUAAAGGAAAGUUUGGAAAAAACGUCUUCAACCUCAGCUACAAUACUCGCAAAAGUCAGAUACUCAUCUACCCAUCACAUAAACGAAAUUCAAUUCCAAAAAAAAAUGUCCACUUUACUCAGCACUAAAAUUUUACAUCUUCAGUCCAUUUCGGCACUCGCUAUAUUCAAAAAAGCAUUCAUAAAUAGGUUGAGGGGUUUUACGCUUGAUAUAACAAACUAAUGUGCGGUGAAACGUGAGCGAAUAAGUAAAAAAAAAAUAAAUGAAAAACCGUUCAGUUGAACUGAAAUUCCAAGUACGGCUCUGUCGUAAAAUCCGAGGAGCACAUAGUAGCCUAUUUACAUCGUUGUCGUACGUCGUAUAACUGUACGCUGGCGUUAUUGGGCGUGCUAGAGGGACAUUGGUGUAUAUGCGAAGAAAAUCCUCAAGACUACGCGUCGUGUAAAGGAAAACCCCAACUUUGCGGACCCUGUAUAUAUGCUAAUGGAACCAUAUAGUAUUGAAGAGUCUAUACUCUAGUGAAACCGUAAGUGUCACGAUAUUGUUUGUGUUAUAUGUUGUCCAUGUAUGUUUGUUUUUGAUGUACUUUAAAAAACUAUAUGUUAUAUACACUGUAUCAUAAUGAC